CCUCACCUUACACCUCCUGCCCCCCUCCCCAAAAUGUAUAAAGGACCAAUUGUAUUGCAAACAAAGACCAUGUAAAAGAAAGACCUUCAGGCAUCCCCAACUCUUAAAAGGCUCUGAUCCCCUGAGACACAGUGCCUGUGCGAUGCAGAGCCUCACGAAGAACUGAAAACCAAGGAGAGGGCACUUGCAGAUGACGUUGCUCCCAUGGCAGCGUCUGUGCCCGUGGGCUUCUCUCUGUGGAAAAUGGUGGAGGCUGCUUCUGCCCCAGGAGGGAGAAACACCGACUCCCUGGCUUUGGCGCCAGAAGCCUGGAUCAGCUGCCAGGUGACUUCUAUUUCUAUCUGGUUCUCGUCUGGGGGGGCCCUGGCCGGGCAGCCCCCCAACACUUCUCCUGCCCUGAAACACGGCUCUAGCCAACCUGCUCCGCUGCUUCACCUGCGACCGUCUCUGCGGGGGCUGCACGGCGCCAGCCCCUCCAGCCCGCCAGGGCAUUGUCCUCCAGCCCGUCAUGCCCAGCUGUGACCCCGGUCCGGGCCCUGCCUGCCUCCCCACCAAGACUUUCCGCAGCUAUCUGCCCCGCUGUCACCGCACUUACAGCUGUGUCCACUGCCGUGCACACCUGGCCAAACACGAUGAGCUUAUUUCCAAGUCCUUCCAAGGGAGCCAUGGCCGAGCCUACCUGUUUAACUCCGUGGUCAACGUGGGUUGCGGGCCAGCUGAACAGCGCCUCUUGCUCACGGGGCUCCACUCGGUAGCUGACAUUUUCUGUGAGAGCUGCAAAACCACACUGGGCUGGAAAUAUGAACAAGCUUUUGAGACGAGCCAGAAGUACAAGGAAGGGAAAUACAUCAUUGAAAUGUCACACAUGGUGAAGGACAACGGCUGGGACUGAGGGGCUCAGGCAGGGUGUGCCCUUCCUCCGCAUGCCCCUCCCUCCCCACGGCCCUGCCAAGCAGUCUAUACCAGCAUGAGUACUGCCCCACCCCUGGGGGAAACCUGGCUCCAACCAACCCCUCCCAUGCCUCCACCAUAUCCACUACCAGGCACCCUUUGGAACAGGGGUCUGGGGGUACCCCAGGGGUGUUAAGGCUCAGGAGUGGGCAGCAGUCAGGGAGAGACAGAACUGGGGGAAAGGGAUGAUUGUGGGUCUUUCUGUUCCCAAGAUCCUGAACAUGGAGGCGAUGGCAGGGCGUAGACUCAGGCAGAGAGGAUUGUGGGAGGAAUCCGUUUUUGCUCCACCUCUUUUUGAGUGAACAGAGGACAAACCUUGGGUCACAGGGCUAGUAGAUCGUGGACCACAGAAUAGCAGAUGAGAAAAGGCUUGGGUUGGAGUGAAAUUCUGGUCUCAGACACCAGGAGAGACCAGACUCUCUGAGGAUGAAGUUUCCCACCCCUAUUUGUAGGGAAAAGGACUUGGGUGCAGGGAAAACUCAAAUCCCAGGCCCUGGGAAAUAGUAAAAUAAUCAAAGGGUUUUCCAUUUCACUCCACUUGUUAGUUUAUCUUGGCACUGAAGAGGCACUUUCGAGUAUCUAACUUUUGCCAUUGGGUGGGGUGGGGACAGCUGCUCGCGGAACAGCCCCUAGUCGGCUGCUUCCAGAGUAAGCAGUCUUUAUGGGCUUUCUCUGAGGCCCAGUCACUGCUCCUGGGACCCAGUCCCCUGGAGGGGAGGUGGAAAAUCAGUGCUACGGGACCAGUCUUUCCCGUGGCUGCCACCAGCGAAUGAAACUUUUGUAUGAUACAUAAAGUGCUUGAGUCUAUUUUUAAUAAAAAGGGAAAAAGCAACUUGA